CGGAGGUUUAAGACGACAACGACGAUAAACUCAGCCGACGAUGAACAGUGGCGUCAGUCUCGGCGGUGGAGGGGGUUCCGGGAGGUUCGACAGGUGGAGGGUGCCGUCUGAUGACUGCAUCCAGGUGUCUCUCAACACUAGGUCGAAAAAGGAGUUGGUUGGCAGCUCUUCACAACAACGCAACUGGCGGGGGAUCGCCAUCGCUCUGCUGGUCAUCCUCAUCGUUUGUGCCCUUAUCGUCACUGCUGUCAUACUAGCAACGCCAAAACCUGAGAAUGAGUACUAUGGAGAGAAAUUUACACUCAAUGACUAUUUGGACAAGUCCCUUAGGCCCAAGAUGUUUAACGCUAUGUGGCUUAAAGGGGAUCGUUUCCUAUAUCGCGAUGAUGAUGGUGCAUUGCGGUUGUUUAACUGCAGCACCAACUCAUCUAGGAUGAUUCUGGAUAAUACGACCUUUAGGCAGCUAGACACAGAUGCUUUCUGGUUGUCAGCUGAUGAACAGUACCUGCUGCUGAAACAUGAUGCCCAGCAGGUUUACCGUCAUUCUUCUCUGGCAUUGUAUACAGUGGUUAAAAUUGAUACACAAAUAUCAACUUUUCUGGACUUUGUUUGUUUGUGGUUGGUUUCUAGAGAAGAAUACAAGGUCAAGGGCCCUGAUGAAACUCGUCCUCUUCAGUUUGCUGGAUGGUCAACAGCUGGAAAUGCUUUGGUUCUGGUGCAGAACAACAACAUCUAUUACUACACUGCAGCACAUGAUGUUCCAAUUCAGACUUUAACCACAUCUGGCAAGGAUGGGGAAAUCUACAAUGGCAUUCCAGACUGGGUGUAUGAGGAGGAAAUCUUGGGCUCUGAUAAUGCUAUGUGGUGGUCACCUGAUGGUACUUAUCUAUGCUAUGCUGUAUUCAAUGACACACAAGUGCGACGCUUCACCUACAUGGAAUAUGGAGAAUACGACUCAGCCUACACAGAUUCCAGGCCCAUUGCUUAUCCAAAGCCAGGGUAUCCAAACCCUACCUUCCAGCUGAAAGUUGUGCGGCUCAGUGACAAGAAGACAAUAGACCUGAUGCCUCCAGAAUUCCAAGGAAAGGAAUAUUACCUGACAACAGUGACAUGGAGAAAGAACGAUUCUGUCCUGGUGGCCUGGAUGAAUCGAGCUCAAAACCAUUCAUAUGUCACCAUCUGCGAUGUCCAUAGUGGAGGAAGCUGCCAAAUUAGCUUUGAAGAUGUGGUGCAUGAUGGAUGGGCAAAUGUGAUGGCUCCACCUGUUUUUGCACCAGAUGGACAAACUUACUUCUUGGUAUUGCCACAACGAGAUGCUGAUCUUGGCUACUUCACCAAUGUAGCAAUGGUUCAAAUUGGAGCAGGCAGUGCUAACUCAGACAGGAAAUCUUUCCUGAUGCUUGAGCCUUGGGAGGUGACAGCUGUUCUAGCAUAUGACCCAGAACAUCAGUCUGUGUACUUCAUUGGAACAGGUGGGGAUCCAAGAGAACGGCACCUAUACAGUGUAAACAAAAGCAGCAGACAGGUGACCUGUUUGACGUGUGACCUGGACGAGGCGCGCUGCCAAUAUGUGUCAGCUAGCUUUAGUCCAAGCACCAACUACUACAUUCUGUCCUGCUUGGGCCCAGGAAUACCAUACUUCAGCCUGCGCUCACCGCAUCAGAAGGCUGAGUUGAACAGACUGGAGAACAACACAGCUUUUGCCAGUCUAAUAGCAACAAGAGCCAUGCCCAGAGAGAAGUACUUCCAGGUUGAACUUGAUACCAAAGAAAAGGUUUGGGGAAAGCUGCUAUUACCACGUAUUCUAAAGGAGGAAGAAAUUCUUCUGUAUCCCCUUCUGGUCAGUGUAUAUGCAGGGCCAGGAACUCAGAAGGUUACUAUGAUGUAUGAAAUAGCCUGGGAGACAUACCUGUGUAGCUCUCGAGAUAUGGUGAUAAUGUAUGUUGAUGGACGAGGCUCAGGUGGACGAGGUCAGCGCUGGUUGCAUUCAGUUUAUCGGCACCUCGGCAGAUUUGAGGUUGAUGACACCAUUAAAGCUACCAAAGUUGUCACAGUUAAUCAGUAUAUUGAUGCAUCAAAAGUCUCCAUUUGGGGAUGGUCUUAUGGAGGGUAUGCUGCAGUGACAGCUCUGGGACGUAGCAGUGAUAUCUACCGCUGUGGUAUUUCUGUGGCCCCUGUGACAGACUGGAUAUACUAUGAUUCAGUAUACACAGAGCGGUAUAUGGGAAUGCCAAGAGCAGAUGAUAAUCUUCAAGGGUAUAAGGAAGCCAAUGUAUCCCAGUAUGUAGAAAAGUUAAAAAAUUCUAGGUUUCUUUUGAUUCAUGGAACAGCAGAUGAUAAUGUUCAUUUCCAGCAGUGCCAGUUGAUGAAAGCGAUGAUAGAAUCUAAUGUUCUCUUCAGAGCAAUGGUAUAUCCUGACAAAAACCAUGGGAUUCUUGGAAUCAAUACAAGGCGACAUCUGUUUUCAACCAUCGAGGACUUUCUUACUGAAUGUAAUGAAGGCUACUCAACAAAGUUUGGACGCUUGCCAGAAGUGAAAGAGGAUGAGGAAGAAGUGCGUGUCACCAAUGAGAAACAGCUUGAAAUGAACAUGGAUAUGAUGUGUGGAUAAAAUAGCUGCUGAAAUGAGAGUUUAGUCUUAACACAGACAUCACCUCAUUGAUUUUCUUCUCGUUUUCUGUUAAGGAUGGAAACUGACAGAACAUCUUGAUGACUGUGUGCGUGCAUGUGCGCAUACUUGCACGCACACAUACAUGUUGGUGGAUGGAUGUACAAUGGUUGUGUAUGCAUGCAUGCUUGACUGUGUGCAAGAAUAUGUGAAUUGGGCAUUGAGCAACAAAACUCUCUGAUCAGAGGUCUGUUUAGACGAGAAAUACUUGAUUUCAGAUACAAAAUAACCGGAAACCAGGUUGCAGUAUCUCCUUACAAUUCUAGAGAUAUAAAAAUCUAAAAUGGAAGCACAAUCUUCUUCGUUCCAUUGCUUUUAUUAAUCCUUCUUGUUUAUGCUGGGAUACAGGGGUUUGUGAGGUGCAUAUCUUGGAAAUUUCCCAUUCUUGUCAAGACCUUAUUCAGACCUCUGCUCCUGUAAAUUUUGUCCAGUUGCAAUCAAAAUGCAUUGCACCUUAAAAGGUGGCUGCAAACAGGAGUGUGUGUGUAUAUAUAUACGUGUGCGAGCAUGGGCGAUCACAGAGAUGUGUAAGCAGGGAUCAUACCUACAUAAGAGUAGGAACACUGUCUUGCAAGUGGCAUUUCAAGCAUUUUUAAAGGGAAAGUUGGUUGUUGAAUCGUAUAAAAGAUUUUUAGGACUUUUUAAAAACUCUAUUCAUGCUUAAUUUUUUUCCCUACAUAUCUGCACUUGCAAGCCAUGGGGUUUCUUUUUUUUUCUUUUAUUGUGAGUACUAUUUAGAGCCUUUUAAACCACUUUUGCUGAUAUCAAAGAUAAGAAAACCUUCCUGCUCAUAAUCAUAAUUUUUGUUGUUAUUUUUAUGAUCACAUUCUUCCAACUUUAAUAUUCUGGUAACAUGCCUGAUAUGAAAAAAAAGGUUAAUAAGUUUAAAUCUGUCAGACAACCUUGCCAGUGGAACAAGGAAUGUCAGUUAUCAUUAUAUCAACAUAGCUUUCUGAUAACAGGGUACAACUUUUUGCUCAGCACCAAUCUUAUUAUUUAUUUAAGUAUGGGGGUCUUCAUGCUUAAAUGCCUGGUGAAAGAUAUGGUCAGUGGUUAAAGAUAAUAGGUUGCCAGUCCCACUCACGUGUAAAACACCUGCUGAAUAUUCUGCUUGAGUUGAAUUUAUCAUUUGAAUUAGCCAAAUGUGGUCUCAUUUUUUACAUUGUUAACUUUGGUACCAUCAGAAAAUUUUUGAAAUCUAUAUUUUUACUACAUGUUGAUAUGGAGUGUUGUGAACAUUUCCUGCAUUGGUGGUCAGAGAAAUCCAUUAGUCUCAUCAAAUACCUUUUUUCAGACCAGAAAAUAAGGUGAUUUUUUGUUAAAUAAAAACUCUUUGUACUAUGUAGUUCUGGUAUGUGUGUGUAUAUAUAUAUGUUUAAAUUUAUUUCCAACUAUUACUGUUCCUCCUGUUGUUUUCAAGUUUGAUGUGUUUCUUUUGUUUUCUUCUAACAAGACUCCUGACCUGCAUAAUUCAGUAUGUUUCCAUAGCUCUAGUAUUUCUUAUGGGAGAAUGUUUUCCAGUGAACAAUGGUAAUGGUAAAUUGUCUACAUAUUUUGCACUUGCUGUGAAUUCAGUCUACCCUCGGUAACUUACCUGUGUGUGAGAGGAAAGAAUUUCAUUUUUUUACCUUGCUUCCUCUUUUAUUAUUUUGGUUUUUCGACAUCUCAACUCAUAGUUUUGGGUUCUGUGCUUCCUUAAAGACCAUGUAUCUAUAUAAACUUUGCAGACUGCCCCCCCCCCAAAAAAAAAAGCCUGACUAAUGUGAGAUUCCAAAAAAAAGUACUUGUGAGAAAAAUAAAUUAUCAUUAGGCUGAAAUAAAUUUAAAUAUGUAUCCAAAAAUCAUGGCUUAAACAGCUAGGCUUUGUGUGAAUAGUUUAGAGGUAGAAAAAGCACAUUACAUAUUAUGAAAAAUGUGUUCUCUGUAGGUUACUUUAAAAAGGUGAUUGCCAGAUUUAUACUUAGUUCUUCAGUACUGACUAAUCCCUAGUAAUACAGGGUUUGGAUUAACAUUCCAGCCAGUUAUUAAUCAGAGAACUGAAAUUAUCACUGUAGCAUGAUACUUAUUCUGGGAACAUAGUAUGGAUUUUUUUUUUAAAUGCUGCUGCACAUUAGGAAGAGGGAAUGUGCAUGAACACAGCCUAACUAAAAUGCAUUUCUUUCUCUACAGCAUUCUGCCUUUUUACUGUUUAACUACUUUGUAGCAUAGGAAAGUCAGGCUCAAACACAUGGACGUCUAACUUAGAAAGUGAAUUUAUUAAGUUUUAUUAUUAAGCUUAGAAAGUCAGAAUUGAUUUUAGCAGCACUUUAGGCCCUUUUAAAAUUUACGGUGACAAGUGGAUCUAAAACUACCAGCCACUUUAAGGAUACUGAAUUUUGUUGAAUGCAUUUGUUUGAGACUGCUGUAAUGUUUCAGUAUUUAAAGAUGGCGGUACUGCAGAGUUUGCCAGAAAUGAGAAGCUCAUGGAACUGAUUUAGUAGCCUUUAAUGUGAAAUUUAUGUAAGUGAUGUAAAUGUUUUGUCUCAAACACCACCCCUCUUUCCCCAAUUUGCACAUAACUGAUAGAUAAAUUCACUGCAGUCAUGGUCACCUUUUCAAAACUAGUCAGCAGUUUCAGUCUAAAAAUAUUUGUAAAGGUUACACUUGUAAAUAUUGUUAUUACUUGCUUUACCCAUUAUUUCACAAACUUGUCUGUGAUCAUUUAUAGAACACAUAUUUGAAUAAAUUUUGUAAAAUCCAUUCA